AUGCGUUCCUGUCCUAUUUUUCGAUAUGACUCCUUCACUUCCUUUCGUAGUGAUCUCAAGCCACUCUUCUCAUCAUUGAAAACAGUGGAAUCGGUACGCCAGGCGGUACGUCGUCAUGUUUGCGAUGUCCCUCGGCGAUAUAAAGAGACAUCUUCACAGCGGGCGAGUUGGAUUCGUGGGAAUAUUAGUCUUCUCUUUGAAGAGGCACGUAAACAUGGAAGUUACACAGUAGCACGGGCAGCGGUGGAAGUUAUUCUUGAACACCAACAACAAUUGAUAAUGGAACCGGCAUGGGUAAAGAAUGCUCUUGCAGCUUGUCGAAGUACAGAGGAAAUACGAGAAAUGGAAUUAUUACUACAAAAACAACAACAACAACGACUUGGAGUUGGUAGUGAAGAAGGUAUGAUGACAAGUCCAAUGGCUCUUACGAAUAGUUCUGAAGAUAUAUUGCCACCAGCGUUAAUGGAAGAAGAAGAUGAAGGUAAUGAUAAUAGUGAUAAUAAUAAUAAUAAUAAUAAUAAUAAUGCUCUUAUGGCUGCUGGAUAUAGUGGUUCAACCUUAGCAGCCAUGCGAUAUCGACGAGAUGAUCUUGUUACGGCUCCGAAUGUUUCUUUCUCUCGUUACUUUACACAUCAGGGAAUUGUUGUGAAUGAUGCUGAAGUAAUGCAACUCUUUAAAGCUAUGCGUGGUCGACAACCAGUGGCUUUUCGUGUACAUACUUCACAAAUGUAUGGACCGGCAGUAACGAGUCUUUUACAUGAAAGAGAAGGUAUUAAACCUUUAUCAUAUCUUCCUUCUAUGUGUGGAGCAUUUACCAUGUUAGAUACACCAGAUACACCACAUAGUGUACUCCUUUCUAAUAGACAAUUACUUCGAUCACUUUCAAAUGAACGUUUAAUUUCUUUUCAAUCAACAUCAAGUAUGUUACCCGUAAUACUUCUUGACCCACAACCAGGUGAAUCCGUUUUAGAUAUGUGUGCAUCUCCAGGAAGUAAGACCUCUCUUAUUAUAGACUACACAUCUGCUUUAUCUUUGCAAUGUGAACAAUCAACAUUAAAGAAUAUUGGUUGUGUUGUAGCAAAUGAUGCUAUUUCCUCUCGUUCUCGUCCACUUGCACAACGUUUACAAAGUUUUUCCCCUGCUAUUGCGGUAACCCAACUUCAAGGUCAAUCCUUUCCAACACAAUCCAUAACAACAGGGGGUGUUCGUUACGAUAAAGUAUUAGUCGAUGCUCCCUGUUCUGGUGAGGGUCGAAUGCAGCGGGAUGCGAUCUCGUGGCGAAUGUGGCAUCCAUUAAAAGCAGUGGAGUUCUUUCCAUCGCAAGUGGCAUUAUUACGACGAGCUGUGGAGUUGUGUGCGGCGGGUGGACGAAUUGUCUACGCCACUUGUACAUUAAAUCCAUUGGAAAAUGAAGCGGUACUGGCUACUGUAUUAGCAGAUGGGGAAGUGGAGUUAAUACGACCACCGCGUUCGUUAAUAGAGAAUAAAGAUUGGAAAUUUAGUCGUGGUUUACGACGAUGGUCAGUUCCCUCACGUGCUGGUGGAUUUCUACACAGUUUUGAAGAGGGAAAAGCCAAGGGAGAAGCCGUUAGGCGAGAACUCUUUCCACGUGAGGACUGUGAGGCUCUACAGACUUCAUUGGAGUCCUGUUGUUUGCGUGUACUUCCACAUCUUAACAACGGGGCGGAGGGAUUCUUUUUUGCGGCUCUGCGGAAAGUACGUCAAAAUUCAAAGAGCUUUACUUCUCAGACACUUCGAAUAGAGGAAAAGGCAAAUCUUCAUAGUAACAGCAAUCUUAUCAAGAAUAAUAAACAGAAUAACCAUCUAUUACCCUUUUCAACAGAUUCUAUUUUACAUACACAUGGUCUUGUACGCCUUGCAGGUGGGAAUAUGCUUCUUCAACGUCAUUUAAGUUGUUUUUUCAAUAACAAUACAUCAGAGGUGGAGAAGUUCUUAACAAGACAUAAUCUCUGCGCAGCUUGGCGGGAAAAUCAAGGUCUAUUGCUGGUUUCAGAGAGUACAUGGAGUCAUCUCAAGGCAAUUCCCUCUUCAUCUUCUACAUCAUUAUCAUCAUUAUCAUUAUCAUCACAUUCUUCAUCAUCUUCUUCUUCUUUUCCUUCUUCCACUAACGACGCUUUGCUUGAAAUUGGUGUAACCGUUAUUAAUGCCACUACAGGUCAAUUAACGGAGAGUGGUGCAUUUCAUCUUCGGCCUCAUGCCACUUCUCGAGUAUUGCAACUUCCACUCUCAGAAUUGCAAUGGUUAUUAUCUCAUCAAUUACUGAAAGUAACAGAACUGCAAGAGGAUCCAAAUGAACUCGCACGACGUAUUGUAGCAGGAACUAUUCCUGCAAAUCAAACCGGAAAAAGAUUAGAAAGACAAACCCCACUUCCAUGGGUGGCACAACUUCUUCAUACUAUUGGACAAGAUGAAGGAAAUUUCAUUGUGAGUUGUUUACCUUCUUCUAUACAUAUGGAUAAAAAUGAAAGUCAUGAUUUAAAUGCAUUAACCUCUAUUAGUAUUCCUGUUACUGUGCAAAAGUCAACUGUUGUGGAGUUACGACUAUCACUUUCACACAGUGCUCGCCAGCGGUGUAUGGCUGUUAUUGGACGUCUCAUUGCGCACGCAAAACGGCCCCAUGCGGCAACUUCGGAAAGAAAACAUAUGCAGAUGAGUGCAGAAUAUAAUGUGAGUGCGAAGAUGGAAAGUGCGAAACUGGAAGGACGACCACUGACAGUCCAACAACAAGAGCGGAAACUCUUUUCAUCAUCAUCAUCAUCAUCAUCAUUAUUGCUUGGUACUACUACUACUACUACUACUACUACUGUUGGGGAAAUACACCAGAGGAAGCAGGAAUCAAAGGAAGAGAAACAAAGAUACUUUGAAAUUUAA